GCUGAUUGGCCGGGGCGGACGCAUUUAUUCUCUGACAAGCCCCCCAUCACAUGGAUGGGUUGUCUAUUAACUUGUUCAAAAAAGUAUCCGGAGUUGUCAAGGCAGGGAGAGAGAGAGAGAGAGGGAAAGAAAGAAAGAGAGAGAGAGAGAGAGGGAGAGAGGGAGAGAGGGAGACCAGGGAGAGGGAGAGGGUUUGGCGGGGGGUGGGGGGCAGCACAACAAAGCCCAGCAAAAGAGGGCCGGGGCAACAAGGAUCCGGGCCGGUUCCUUAAGACUCCGAGCUCCGGCGGUGUAGUGGUGGUGGGAGGGGGGGGAAGGUUGCAAGGAAGAAGCGGCCGAAGGAGGGGAGACGCCGGCCGGUUCUGGAAGAAGUUUCUCCCCUGCAGAGACGCUCCGAUCCUGCCUCCUUUGUUAUGAAGCGCCAAGAAUAACCGUCCGAGGGCUGCCGUCGCCGAUCUUCCUGCUUGUUGCCGCCGCCGCCGCCGCCGCCGCCGGCCAGUUGAAGGCGAUCCCGGCGCAGGUCUCCUCGGCGGAGUUUGGUGCUGGGGGGAGGGGGGAGCGCUCCCCUCCCGGAGAAGCCCAGCCCGGCGCGGGACCCCUUUGCUCCUGACUGGCUCCCUCGCUUCCUUGGAGGCUCCUCGCAGCUGGCUGGCUGGCUUGGCUGAGCGGGCAGGCAGGCAGGCAGGCAGGGGGGCUCCUGCUGUUGUUGCUGUUGCUGCCGCCGCCGCUUGGACUCCGGCCGGGCGGGGAAAAGGGUGGAAGCAGCGGCCGUCGGGACUCCUUCGCCCCUCGCGGGCCCUGUAUGAGCUCCGGUUGCCUCUAAGCGCCCGUUCCCGGGUUGCUUUGCCCGAGCCUUUCGCCGCUGCGACCCCCCCCCUCACCCCCCCCCGUCGCAGGCAAAAAAACAAAAAACAAAAAAACCGCUUGAAUGUACAACAUGAUGGAAAGCGACCUGAAGCCUCCCGCCCCCCAGGCGACUCCGGGGGGAGGCCCGGGGGGGAACAGCAACGCCGGGGGGGCCAACAGCCAGAAGAACAGCCCCGACCGGGUCAAAAGACCCAUGAACGCUUUCAUGGUCUGGUCUCGAGGCCAACGGAGGAAGAUGGCUCAGGAGAACCCCAAGAUGCACAACUCGGAGAUCAGCAAGCGCCUGGGGGCCGAGUGGAAACUUUUAUCCGAGGCGGAGAAGAGACCCUUCAUCGACGAGGCCAAGCGGCUGCGCGCCUUGCACAUGAAGGAACACCCGGAUUAUAAAUACAGACCCCGGCGGAAAACCAAGACUUUGAUGAAGAAGGAUAAGUACACGCUGCCCGGGGGGUUGUUGGCCCCGGGUUCCAACUCCAUGGGCGGCGGAGUCGGCGUGGGGGCUCCGCUGGGCGCGGCCGGCGUCAACCAGCGGAUGGACAGCUACGCUCACAUGAACGGCUGGACCAACGGAGGCUACGGCAUGAUGCAGGACCAGCUCGGCUACCCGCAGCACCCGGGGCUCAACGCCCACAACGCCGCCGCCGCCGCCGCCGCCGCCGCCCAGAUGCAGCCCAUGCACCGUUACGACGUGAGCGCCCUGCAGUACAACUCCAUGACCGGCUCCCAGACGUACAUGAACGGUUCGCCUACCUACAGCACCAUGUCUUACACGCAGCAAGCUACCCCGGGCAUGGGGUUGAGCUCCAUGGGCUCCGGGGUCAAGACGGAGUCGAGUUCCAGCCCGCCCGUGGUCACCUCCUCUUCCCACUCCAGAGCUCCCUGCCAAGGCGGGGACCUCCGGGAUAUGAUCAGCAUGUACCUGCCCGGAGCCGACGUGGCGGAAACGGCCGCCCCCAGCAGACUGCACAUGUCGCAGCAUUACCAGAACGCACCUGUGCCAGGAGCGGCGAUAAACGGCACGCUGCCUCUGUCCCACAUGUAAGACCCAGGGGGCGGCGCGGGAGGGGGGGGGGCUCGGCAGGAAGGAGCGCGAGAAAACCCCGACCAAGCAAGACAAACUUUUCUUAGCGAUGUUGGACUCUUCUGCCUCCUUUCCUCUCCCCCCACCCACCCACUCUUCUUCCUCUCCUCUUUUUCUGUGGGGAGGGGGGAGGUGGCGGUGGGGUGGAGGGCAGCGAGAGGCCACUAUUUUUGUACAGAGAAUAACUAGGUUAGGGGAAAGCAGAUCGCAUACAAAAUCAGAAAGGGAAAGGAAAACAAAACCACAACCUAUUAAUAAUAAUAAAUAAUAAUAAAUAAUAAUAUUAAUAACCCAACCAGGAACUUGUACAGGAACUUUCCCCCUCCCUCUCCGCUUGGAGAGGGAUCAACUCCACUCAACUUGUUUUGCCCCCCCCCACCACACACAAACAUUUCUCUUCUCUUUCCCCCACCCCCAUCCAGUUCCAGUAAAAACGGUACUUUGCAAAAAAAAAAAGUUUUUUUUUAAAAAAAAAUAAAGUUUUUAUCCAUAUUCUUUAGAACUAGUCUCCAGAAAGAGACGUAGGAAAGAGGAGGGAAAAGACCAGGGAAUGGGGAUGGGAAAUGUUUUAAUAUUUGCAAGCAACUUUUGUACAGUAUUUAUCAAAACAAACAUGGCAAUCGAAAAGUUCAUUGUUUAUAUUAAAAAGAGAGACAGAGUCGGGGGUAGGGGGAGAAACCCUGAGCAUUUGCCAAUUAUUUUUUAAAAUACAACAAAGUCUGCUUACGACGCUGUAGUGAUUGCAAAUGAAUUCAUAGUAGCAACACACACACAAAUAAGGAGGUGAAUUUUACUUUAAAAGGAAGAUCUGGGCAUUUUAAUUGUUUUAGCAAAUUGUACAAACUGGCAAAAAAAAAAAAAUAGAAUAAGUAAUUGCAUACCACUGAACUGUUUUGUUUUUGUUUUUAAUUAAAAAAAAAGGGCAACAGUUUAGGGUGUACUAAAUUUUUUUUUUACACAUUGUUAAAAACAAACAAACCUUGUCUUGCAGGUCCACAUACUUUGUUAAUUUAAAAUAGCCCUUUUUGUUUCCAAACUUUAUCCUGUUUGGCUAAAAGGACAACAAAAGAGCAACCUAAAACUGUGUUUGAAAUAUUUUCUUAUGGUUUGUAAUAUUUCUGUAAAUUUAUUGUGAUGACAUUUUAAGUUCUUUUAUUCCCCUCCCCCUUCUCAUUUCCAGUAGUUGUACUUUAAAACUCGGCUGUGUAUUAUCUGAAAUCAGUCUGGCAACAGUCCUUCAUAUAUUUAUAUAUACAUAUGUGUGUAGGGAUGAACACACACGAGAAUAUGUAUAUAUAUAUACCCAUAUAUAUAUUUGAACUAAUAACAUCCUUUUAAACAGGUUCAUAUUCAACCUCAGUUUUUACACCAUUAUACACAGUUUGAGAUAAAUAAAUUUUUGAAAUAUGGACACUGAAAUUA